AUGAUGAGGUUGGGAAUGGCUUCUCCCUUAUGUCUGCUUGUUUUUCCCUUUGUGGCGCUUGCGCAGUCCGUGGUCUACACCACCGACUCCAACGGCAAUGCGUACACUACAACUGUCUACACUUCAGGCAGCACUUAUGAUGGAGCGACCACGAGCAGCUAUUCAACCCCGACCAGUGUCCCUGCCAUCCAGACCGUGCCAUUCACGGGCCAGGCGUUGCUCGUGGGGACGUGUAACGUUGCUCGAUUCACCCUCCUUACCUUCCCUGACGGUGGCACGAUCGAAGUUCCCCUUGUGGGAUGUUCCGACGACCGGCCAGAGUGCUGCCCAUCACUGAAUUUCACAAAAUCCGAGCCAGAAGAGACGGGUUCUGCUUCCACAUCGGCCACAGAGUCGAGCGAUGAAGGAGACGGUCAUGAGUCUACCACGUCGUGGACAGGCACAACUCCCAGUCCCACUCCAACGGGGAUCGUUUCAAUGCUGAGCAAUGCCCCACUUACUAUUUGUCCAAGUGAUAUGGUUGACAUCGAUCCAGUCUGUUGCCCGAUUGGCUUCACCACUUAUGGCCAAAGCAUCAUCGGCAACCUCCCCUGUGUAAGCACAUUAACCACGACACUCUCGCCCGAUUCGGCCGUGCUGGCAUCCAUAACGUCGAUGGUAUCGGCCUCUCUGGUUGCUCAAUCGGAAACGGCAACGACAACCCCAACCGUGAAUGUCAUCGUCAAUCAGGUGUGGGCCCUAGGUCUCCCUUGCGCCGACGACGAAGAAGGUGGCGAAGAGGGAGGAGAUCAUACUCAUUUAAGCACGGGCGCCAAAGUCGGGAUCGGGGUGGGCGUUGGCGUCGCGGUUCUCCUCCUUAUCGGCUUCCUCUGGGCUUGUCUCGCUGUCCGCCACCGUCGGCGGGCGAAGAUGCGGAAACUCGAAGCCGCAAACACCGCAGCUGGCGGCCCCAUCCGUCCAGAAUCCGGGGCGUAUGCCGCUGCUCGGGAGAACCCCAAACAUAUCUCCGUGGCGACGAACAUGGCUCCGUCCCCGGCCAUGGGCAGCCCGAACAUGAUGCAGCAGCAGCACCCGUACGGCUCGCCUACGCACGGAUUCAGCCCGGCUUUUGGAUACGCAGCGCCGCAAAGCCAGCCGCCGCAAAUGAUGCAGGUCCAGGACGCCUACGGCAAUCCAUACGGCAUUCAGGCCCUCCCUCAAGGAUACCCGCCGAUGGGCUACCCACAACAAUCCCAGUCCCCACCGCCGCCGUUCUACCCCUCGGGCGGCAGCUACGGCCAGGCAGGGCAAUACAAAGACGCACCCGCCGAGGUCGCGGGGGACGAAGUCCGCCACUUCUCACCUCAUCGUGAAAGCACGGGGUUCUCGGCCAGCGACACGCGCAGUCAGGUCACCUCGACCACCGCAGUGGGCAGUUCGCAACCAGGGACGGAGCAGAAACCGCCCGCGGAACUGAGUUCGCAGGGCAGGAGCGAAUAG